UUUGGGCUAAACACGUUCAGGAAGAUAAAUAAUAAGGGAGUUGGAUCCUCGCAGGAGCCGGUACGGUGCUUGCUCAGGCCACGGAACAACUAUCAACCUAUUUCCUUCCACCGCCCCGCCCGUCACCGGAGGAGCCAAGGGAACAGGACCGGCUACUGGCAGAGCCGGCUCGGAGGGCGGCGCUGGGCGGCCGGUGGGGGUGGCUGUGCUUAGGAAAGGCCCGACGGUGAGCCACGGGCUCUGAGUUGAUGGGGAAGUGCGUUGGGCCGGCGACAUGGCUGUCGAUUUGGAGGAUGAAGAUGACUACCACCACAGUGCUAACUCUUUGUACAAGCCAUUGAAUGCCACCAUCCAACAAGAGACACCACUGUGUGAGGAGCCAGCGGGAAACAGAUACGAUUUUCACAAGCCUAAGGAUCACUUAAAUGGAACCUACAUUAUUUUCUUCUUUCUGGGGACUGCUUCUCUCUUGCCUUUGAACUUUGUCAUCACCGCAAAGAAUUACUGGAUAUACAAACUUCAGAACUGCUCGGAACAGAUCUCUCCGGCUGAGCAGGGAGCUUCAGAUAUUCGUGACUUCUUUGAAAGCUACAUUUCCCUGGCUUCCACUGUGCCGUCUGUGCUGUGCUUGAUUGGGAACUUCCUGCUAGUCAACAAGGUCUCCAUCAGCAUCCGCAUUCUCUCCUCCUUGACCAUCAUGUUGGCUGCCUUCGUGGUGAUCACGGUGCUGGUGAAAGUGGAUACCUCUGCUUGGACUUCGAGGUUUUUUAUCCUCACCAUCGUUUGUGUGGUCAUCACCAGCGGUGCUGCCACCAUCUUCAGCAGCAGCGUCUUUGGCCUGACAGGGUGUUUGCCCAUGCGGAAUUCCCAGGCAUUGAUUUCAGGUCAGGCCAUGGGAGGAACAGUGAGUGCUGUGGCAUCAGUGGUGGAUCUGGCAGCAGCGUCUGAUGUUACAGACAGUGCUCUGGCCUACUUCUUGAUGGCAGACAUCUUCAUUAUUCUAUGUAUUGGGAUGUAUUUGAUCCUUCCCGAGCUGGAGUACCCCAGGUACUAUAUUAGAAGGCAACAGGGCAGCACACAGCCAUCAUGCACCUUGCCUAGUGACUAUUGGGAGGAAGGGGAUAAGGCAACAGGCAACAACAGCCUAUUUCCACCAGAUGGAAGAAUCCCUCCCUUGCGGUCCAUCCUGAAGAAGACCAGUGUGUUGGGCUUCUGUGUCUUCUAUGUCUAUUUCAUCUCUAUCAUCAUUUUCCCUGCAAUCUCAUCCAGCAUAGAGUCUGUCAACAAGGUCCCAGGCAGCUUGUGGACAGAUAAGUACUUCACGCCCCUCACUAGUUUCCUUCUGUACAAUUUUGCUGACUGGUGUGGACGGCAAAUCACCGCCUGGAUCCAAGUCCCUGGACCUCAUAGCAAGUUGCUGCCUGCUAUGGCUCUGCUGAGGACUUUUUUUGUGCCAUUCUUCAUGCUUUGCAACUUUCAACCUCGAAAACACAUCACAAAUGUAGUCUUCACCCAAGAUAUCUAUCCUGUGGUCUUCACAGUAUUCCUUGGAUUCAGCAAUGGCUAUCUGAAUACGUUAGCAAUUAUAUAUGGCCCCAAAGUCACCCCUAAAGAACAGUCGGAAGCAGCAGGAGUAUUGAUGAUGAUGUUCAUGCAGUUGGGAUUGGCUUUGGGAUCAGCCUUCUCAGUUCUUAUGGUCCAUCUCAUGUAGACGAAAGAGAUGGGAGUAAUCAAGUCCAUCUCCUAAGCUUUGUGGGUACUAGGAAAUUUUCAAAAGGGUGGAACAAACACGUUUUAAAAACCAACUAUUUUCUUGGGGUUUUUUAGGAGGUGAUCUGAACUCUCUUCCUCAGUAGCGGUGGGGAAGAAGCUUGGCAAUGCACCACAAAAUACAGGGGCCAAAUUCACAAGCUUGUGAUGCAUGGGUGAGCCCCUCUCCUUUCCGGGGCAGUGGGGUUAUGUGUGUACUAGUGUGUCCAUUUGAAAUAUUUUGGUACAUGUACAUAUCUUGCCUCAAGUUUUGCUGAGGACACUAGAUUCUAAUUUUUUGUUGCAAUUAAUCUAUCCAUUGUUAAAAAAUAAAAGCAAUUGUUAUAGAACAA